AUGUCUGAGGAUAUUUGUGAAAAUGCAGAUUCUUUUCACAUUACAAAUGCAGCAUAUAACACAGAUGAAAACAUUUAUAUGAUUGAAGUUACUGAUCUCAACAGUGGACCCCACAUAGCUCUGGAGGAGAACCAAACCCCCAUCUCCCCGUCUGCUGAUGCGAAACAAGUGAAGAUUGGCGCAUGGAAGAAUCUCCCAGAUACUCCAAAGAGGUUUAGUCAUGCUGCCAGUGUGUUGGGAAGAGAGGGCUUCUCCUCUGGAAAAUUCUACUAUGAGGUUCAGGUUAAGGGGAAGACUAAGUGGGAUAUAGGAGUGGUCAAGGAGUCCAUUAACAGAAAGGGAGACAUAACACUGAGUCCUACAUAUGGAUACUGGACAGUAGGGCUUAAAGAUGGGACCUAUGGGGCUCUAGCUAGGCCAUCUGUCCCCCUCUCCCUGAAGGGGAAGCUCCAAAGUGUGGGGGUGUUUGUGGACUAUGGUGCAGGUCUGGUCUCCUUUUAUGAUACAGAUUGCUGGAAUCAAAUCUACUCAUUUACCAAUGUCUCCUUUACUGAGAACAUCUAUCCAUUCUUCAGCCCCGAUAAUAAUGAUGACGUCUGCAUAGAGCACAUCUUAGAGGCCACUCAGACAGUCAAGAAGCAGAAAAUCAUGCCAGAGAACGAAGAGUCUUUCAACACCUCAAGACCCGCUAACAAGGCUGAAACUAUUUCUAUGAAUGAAGUUCCUAAAGGAUCACAGCAGAGGACUGAGCAUGGCAAAAUCACAGAUAGCUCUGCAGGACAUUACCGUCGCUACAAACUGGCUGUGGUGUUGGUCUGUGUUCUCCUCUUGGCUGUUACCGUCACACUUGGCAUCACAAUUCUGAGCACAAAAGAUUUGCAGCUCAGGUACAAGAACCUUGCUGAAGAGAAAGAUCAACUGCAGCUCAAAUAUACCAACAUGACAGCUGAGACAUCACAGUUGGAUGAGAGAAGUGCCAUUCUAAUCCAUCAUGAAUCCCAGCUAGAGACCAACUUCAAGGCAGUGACAGCUGAGAGAGAUCAACUGCAGAAACGUCUUCGUAGCAUAGGUCGCAGCACAAGAGAUUUACAGCUAAGUUACAAGAGCCUUGCUGAAGAGAAAAAUCAACUACAACUUCAAUACAACAUCACCACAGCAGAGAAAGUCCAGUUGGAGACCAAGUUCAGUGCUGAGAGAGAUGAACUACAGAGGCGUCUUUGUGAACGAGAACCACAUGACAUGAAAACCAUUAAACAACAUGCAGUGGAUGUGAUCCUGGAUCAUGACACAGCACAUCCCAGACUCAUCCUGUCUGCUGAUGGGAAACAAGUGAGACAUGGGGACACACGACAGAGACUUCCAGACACUCCAAAGAGGUUUAAUAAGACUAUCAUGGUGCUGGGAAGAGAGGGGUUCUCCGCUGGCAAAUUCUACUAUGAGGUUCGGGUUAAGGGGAAGACUGGAUGGUCUGUAGGAGUGGCCAAUGAGUCCAUUGUCAGAAAGGGACCGAUAACACUGAGGCCUACGGAGGGAUACUGGACACUAUGGCUGAGAAAUGACUCCUAUGAGGCUAGAAGUGACCCCCCAGUUCCCCUCUCACUAAAUGGGACGCUCCAAAGGGUGGGGGUGUUUGUGGACUAUGACGCAGGUCUGGUCUCCUUUUAUGAUGCAGAUUGCUGGGAUCAUAUCUACUCAUAUACCAAUGUCUCCUUUACUGAGAAAAUCUAUCCAUUCUUCAUCCCCAAUCUGAAUGAUGGAGGUAAAAAUUCAGUCCCUCUCAUAAUCUCCCCAGUCCACGUCUGCCGAAAUGACACAAUGUCCAGUUAUUAAACUCAUCCAAAUGAAAUCAAUGGAGAGCACGUGGACUCAAUUUUACCUGCCAUGGCAUUCAAUGUGUUAAAAGGAUGUUUUUACCCCAUGUGUUCAGUGCCGAAUGGUAAAAAUACGUCUUUACAUUUCCCUCCUUAAAUGUCAAAACUAGACACUUCAAUGCAUAUUAUGUGUGAUUCUGGAAACACUGUGAGAUAGAUGA